CAUUUUUUUUAUAAUUAUAAGAGAAGACAGACAUGUCAUGCGAUGAAGCACAUAAUACACAACAGUUUUAAUUAAUAUGUGUCCAUGAUGUUCACGAAUGAAUCGGAAUCAUCUGAAUUUCCCGAACAUCUCAUAAUAAAUUGUGUGAGAUGAAUUCUAUCCUUCCGCUUCUGAGAGGAGCGUCACCCAGAGCGUCACCCAGAGCCCUGCCCCUGAAGCUCUCACUCUCAUCACGGACAGUACCGCGCGCUUUCAUUUCAAAUUCAACCGUCCCUAGUUCAAUCGCCGGCCUUCUUAAUUUUAAGCCGCAAGAACCUGUCUCAGAUGUGAAUAUUCAUGGUUUCGUUAGGUCUGUCCGUGCACAGAAACGAUAUCACUUUGUCUCUCUCGGCGAUGGAUCCUCUCUCGAACCACUCCAAGCUGUAGUACCUGCUGACCAGGCUGAAGGUCUAAAUAUUGGAGCGGCAGUCCGACUACACGGGUCUUGGAUUCCAUCGAAAGGCCGCGGACAGAGCCAUGAGUUGCAAGUUGAACGAGCCGUAGUCUUGGGACCGUCCGACGGCAAGACGUUUCCAAUACAGAAGAAAUACCAGACUCCGGAAUACCUCAGGACCAUGCCCCAUCUUCGUUCGAGGAUACCGUUCAACUCGGCCGUCUUGCGGCUUCGCUCUGAGAUUAUCGCAUCCCUGAUCAAGUUCUUUGGCAGCCGUGACUUCGUGCAGACUCACACGCCCAUUCUCACCUCAUCAGACUGCGAGGGCGCAGGUGAAGUCUUCCGCGUGUCGUCUGGUGAUCCUUCUCAAUCCUCUCCAGAGUCUGAGACACCAAAGUCUUUCUUCCGUCGCCCCGUAUAUACGACCGUGUCAGCUCAGUUACAUUUAGAAGCUCUAGCUCAAGCCCUCGGUAAUGUCUGGACUCUGUCUCCAACAUUUCGUGCAGAGAAAAGUGAUACACCGCGUCAUCUUAGCGAGUUCUACAUGCUAGAGGCGGAAAUAAGCUUUACUGACAAGUUAGAUUCCGUAAUGGACCUUGUUGAGGAUAUGCUAAGACAUGUCUGCACCGAUCUGGCCGGAUCGAGAGUUAAGAAUGACAUCUUAGCACGCGUAAGUGAGAGCUCCUCGGAUCUGGUCGCAGCGGAACAAGUUUCCCAGCGUUGGGAUGGUCUCGUACGAGAAGCUUGGCCGCGCAUUACCUACACAGAGGCUAUCGAGCUGCUGAAGCAGUCAGAGACGCCGUUUAUUCACGAUCCUAUUUGGGGCCAAGACCUUCACACUGAGCAUGAGAAAUAUAUUGCUAUGAAAGUAGGCAACGGCAAUAGCCCCGUGUUCGUCACCAACUAUCCACGAGACAUCAAAGCUUUCUACAUGAAGGCAGACGCAGAGAACCACAACACAGCAGCAGCACCCGGUGAAACUGUCGAAUGCUUUGACCUCCUUGUGCCAGACUUCUGCGAGAUUGCUGGCGGGUCCAUGCGCGAGCAUCGAUUAGAGAACUUGGUGGAAUCUAUGCGCAAUCAUGGGAUGAUGACCCCGAGCAUGACCCCAGAUAAUAAUACCACCGAGCCAUCACAAACGGUCGAAAAUAACCUUAACUGGUAUGUUGACCUACGGCGCUGGGGCUGUCCUCCUCAUGGCGGCUUCGGCUUGGGCUUCGAUCGGCUGAUAUGCUAUCUCUCCGGGGUCCAAACAAUACACGACACUUCCGCGUUUCCCCGCUGGUACGGCCGAUGUGAUUGUUGAACACACAAUAAGAACACAAUAUACUAGCGGGCAUGCCGUGCUCGUUAACGCUUACUUCUCUGGGACGUGGGACGUGGAGAGUGUCUUGUGCCACCUUCGCACAAAAGUAAUAUUGAUUCUGACUUGACUGCCGAACAAGCUUUGUGGCGUUCUGUUGUGCAUUGAUCCGGAUUUCACGAGGGCAGAAUCAAAGUCUAAGGCUAGUUUUGACAGGUCCUAAACACGACGUAUGGGUCUUGUGUUGCCAUAUCCACCACUCUCCGCUUAUAUUAGGACGAGCUCGAGGGAUACCUUAAGCAGGAUACCGGUCGAUUAUCUACGAGCCCCAGCUUACCCGCAUAGCGAAAGUAAAGAGUCACUCGAAUGGUACCCCUACCCUAUGACAGAGAGGUAAGGGACUUCGGAGUAACAUGCUGCUAGCUGCUGCUGCUGCUGCUUUAUGCUUAAUUGUAAUUAUGUAGUGUUAGGUACUCUAGGAAAAACAGCAUCAUACAAUACAGAAAGCAUCCCAUCUAGUAG